AUGCAAUAUGAUUUGCUAGUUCAUCUGGUACCAUUCGUUCUGCUGUUAUGGACCUCAAGUACUACAACAGCAGCAUCGGGAGCUGAAACACCAAUGGCAAAGCAUAAUUUCGCAACACAUUGCGGAGAUAUUAGCAUCCCAUACCCUUUCGGCAUUGGACCUAAUUAAGAUUGUUACUUUGACGAAUGGUUCAAAAUGGUGCGCAACCAGUCUUCUAGUAACAGCCCUCACAAGCUUUACUUGAGGCGUGCCCAGUUGGAAGUGCUGAACGUUUAUGCUAAUGGCACGCUUCGAGUUAACAACCCCAUUGCUUUCUUCUGCGGCGAAUACAGAGGUCAGCAACCCGCGAAUUUGAGUGGAAGCCCUUUUGUAUACUCUGGGAGACGCAACAAAUUCACAGCAGUGAGUUGUGGCUACCUUGCCUCGGUGAGCUCAGAAAAGUAUCUUGUUGGAGGAUGCAGGUCAAUUUGUGAAGGGACUAGCAUAAGCCCUGAAGAUUGUGAAAUCGGUGUCAACUGUUGCCAGACUAGCAUCCCACCGCAUCUCAGUGUCAUCAGUACUGAUACAGAAGAUGAUAGCAGAGCAAGGGCAUGCAAGGAUAUAUAUGCAUUUUUGGUUGACCAAGACUGGUUUAGGAACAAUUUUACGGCAUCCAAUUUUAGUGUCCUAAAGGAUAUGGACAGCGUUCCGGUGGUGCUAGAUUGGAGCUUAGGCUUGGACAAUACUUCAGUCACAGUAUUUCACAGAUUCACUGGACAAUAUCCCAGGGCUUAUGAUGACCCAAAAUGCUACUGCGAAAAACUAAAUGCCACUUCCACUCCGCCAAGGCUUGCAUGUUCCUGUCCUCGGGGUUUUGAGGGAAAUCCCUAUCUUGGCUACGAUUUUCAUGAUACUGAUGAAUGCACAGAUCAAAACAGAUGUGGGCCUGGGGCCCCCCAUUGUAUGAACCAUAAUGGGACGUAUACAUGCUACGGAUACAGAGUGGGUGGAAAGACAAGGAUCAAACUGAUUCUUAUAGGUCUUGGCGCGGGUGUGGGACUGUUGUUACUGCUGAUUGCUGCAUGGUGGGUACAUGAAGUCCUAAAGAAAAGAAAGAGAAUUAAACGCAAGGAAUUUUUUUUCAAAGGAAAUGGUGGAUUAUUGUUAGAACAACAAUUAUCUUCAGGUGAAGUUAAUGUAGAGAAAAUUAAGUUGUUCAAGUCAAAGGAGUUAGAGAAGUCCACUGACAAUUUCAAUACUGAUAGAAUUCUUGGCCAGGGAGGCCAAGGUACUGUUUACAAAGGCAUGCUGGCUGAUAGUAGAAUUGUAGCUGUGAAAAAAUCUAAAAUAGUGGAGGAAAGCCAACUUUCAGAUUUCAUCAAUGAGCUGCCUUUCCCAUUUAUCACAGAGACAUCAAGUCUACCAACACACUCUUGGAUGCAAAAUAUAGAGCAAAAGUUGCUGACUUUGGAACUUCAAGAUCAGUUGCCAUUGACCAAACUCACCUUACAACACUUGUACACGGCACAUUUGGUUACUUGGACCCUGAAUAUUUUCAAUCAAAGCCAAUUUAUGGAGAAAAGUGACGUGUAUAGCUUUGGAGUUGUCCUUGUUGAGCUCUUGACAGGACAAAAACCAAUUUCUUUUAGAAGGUCACAAGAAGAAGGCAAAAGUCUUGCGACAUACUUCAUCAUUUCGAUGCAGUUAAAUCGCAUGUUUGAAAUUCUUGAUGUUGAAGUUGUAAAAGGAGGGUCUAAAGCAGAUAUCAUCAUAGUUGCUAACCUUGCAAGGAGGAGUUUGAAUUUGAGUGGAAGGAAGCGCCCUACAAUGAGAGAGGUCACCGCAGAGCUGGAGGGGAUUCAAAUGUCAGAAAAAACUUCAAAUGUUGAACAAAAUUAUGAAGAAGUUGAAUACGUUCAAACUGAAUCAAUUGAGCCUUGGGAUGUUGUUUCAAGCUCAACAGGCACAAAGCCAGGUUUGGAUGGUGGUCCGGCUUCAUCAUCACAUGAAGUUCCACAAUUACCUUUCUUGUCACGCUGA